UGCAAAUCCUGUGCUCAAAAACCCAAUUCCCUUUUCCCCUUCAUUACAACCAUACACCCUUAUUACAAUAUGACCAUGAAAACUGAUCACAACAUCAAGAUGAACAUCACAAUAAAAAACUCAACAAUCAUUCCUCCAUCAGAGCCCAUAGCAGACGCUCCAAAGCAGCUAUGGACCUCUAACUUGGAUCUUGUUGUUGGAAGAAUUCAUAUUUUAACCGUUUACUUCUACAGGCCGAACGGGUCGUCCAACUUUUUCGACUCGAAUGUUAUGAAAAAGGCGCUUGCGGAUGUGCUCGUGCCGUUUUAUCCGAUGGCUGGGCGGUUGGGAAGAGAUGAGAGUGGUAGGAUUGUUAUUAAUUGUAAUGGUGAAGGAGUUUUGUUCGUUGAGGCCGAAACGGAUGCGUGUUUGGAUGAUUUCGGAGAGUUUACUCCGUCGCCGGAGUUUCAGAUGCUGACGCCCAGCGUUGAUUACUCCGGCGACAUUUCUUCGUACCCGUUGUUUUUCGCACAGGUAACUCAUUUCAAAUGCGGAGGAGUCGGUCUUGGUUGUGGUGUAUUCCAUACGUUAUCAGACGGUUUAUCCUCUCUCCAUUUCAUAAACACAUGGUCUGAUGUGGCUCGUGGGUUGUCCGUAGCCAUCCCACCAUUCAUUGACCGAACACUACUACGUGCACGCAACCCACCCACCCCAACCCAUGACCAUGUCGAAUACCACCCACCUCCCACCAUGAACACCGUUGGCCGAAAAUCGGGUUCUCCUUCUAAAUCCUCCACCACUAUGCUUAAACUCACACUAGACCAACUCAACACCCUCAAAGCUAAAGCCAAGAGCGACGGUGGCCCCAACCAUAGCACAUAUGAGAUCCUAGCGGCUCACCUAUGGCGAUGCGCGUGCAAGGCUCGAGGGCUCCCAGAUGACCAACUGACGAAACUAUACGUAGCCACAGAUGGACGGUCAAGACUGAGUCCCCACCUCCCACGAGGCUACCUGGGGAACGUGGUCUUCACAGCCACCCCAGUUGCAAAAUCAGGUGAUCUUACAUCAGGAUCAUUGUCGAACGCUGCAAAGCUGAUUCACACCACAUUAACCAAAAUGGACGAUGAGUAUUUGAGAUCGGCUAUAGACUACCUCGAGUUACAACCUGACCUAUCGGCUCUUAUUCGUGGACCAAGUUACUUUGCUAGCCCGAACCUAAACAUAAACGCCUGGACCAGACUUCCCGUACAUGACGCAGAUUUCGGGUGGGGUCGGCCGAUUUUUAUGGGGCCCGCGGUUAUAUUGUACGAGGGAACCAUAUAUGUUCUACCGAGUCCAAACAACGAUAGAAGUAUGUCUUUGGCUGUUUGUUUAGAUGCAAGUGAACAACCACUUUUUGAGAAGUACUUGUAUGAUAUGUAAUGUUUUGUAACAAACCAAGUUGUGGGCAAUUUGGUUUUUGGUUUGAAUUUUUAUUAUUAUUUUUUGUUUUCUAAUAAUAAAAAUGUAAUGCUUGCGUAGAGCUCUUCAUUAA